AGGAGCAAUUACAAAUAAUAGAACUCCCACACGGUCACUGCAGGAAUUCGGUUCUAGGAUCAACAGCUCGUAGCACGCUCUUCUCUCUGCUCUGAGUCGCCCUAACAAUGUCGCCGGCCAUCUUCUUCCUCUUGCUUCUCAUAUCCUGCUCGGCCUGCUCUGCAUCCUCCUUCUCCGCACACGGCCGCCGCAUUCUCCACCAGCCUUAUCAUCCUCUGAGUUCCGAUCCUCCUGUCUCCCUCCCGCCGGCAUCCACCGCUGACGGGAAUGCUCCCUUCUUCCCUUCCAACGGUAUGCCUCUGGUGCCUCCGUCUCCCAAGACGCUCGCGUCCUUCCCUGCGAAUAUCUCCUCCGUCGUCCUCCCGCGCGCCCAGGAACGUAAGCCCGUCCCUUCCACGCUCAUCGGCGCCGCCGUAGCUGGCGUGGCGGCCGCUGCGAUCGUUAUCGUGGUUUCCGUCUUGCUGGUCCGCCGGAAGAGGCGGAACGGUUCGGGUUUAUGUGAGGGGAAAGACCACAGAUCCGACAGCGGCAGUCGAUUGAGUUACUGCAAUAGCGCGGGCGGCGGCGGGAAUCUGCUCGUUCCGAAGCUCCAGAGGCCAUCCCAAACCAGUACUGAAUUCCUCUACUUGGGCACUAUGGUCAAUUUACACGGAGCGAUCGAAUCGCGCAAUAUGCAAAACCCUACAAGCAGUAUUUCUACCAGCAACGAGACGCCGCUAAAAAUGGACUCUCCGGAGCUCCGCCCGCUAGCGCCGCUUCACAGGCAGAGCUUUAACCUAAACUGCGAGAAUACCGAGCUUAAUUCCGAACUAGAGGAAGAAACUGACGUGUUUUAUUCUCCGAAAGGGUCGUUGGGCGAUAGAGAGAGCUCGAUCGGAACUGGAUCGGCUUCCAGGAGGGCAUUCUCUGCGGUCGAGGUCGAGAAUUUAGAACAAUCCUCAUCAUCAUCGUCGUCUGCUUCUUCCUCGCCAAAGAUGUCAGUUUGUCUGAGCAUUUCCCCGCAGGCGAGUUUGAGCCCUAACAGCUCAAUGCUAAAGUCACAUGAAUCGCUUGCUGUUUGGACGGCUCCUCCUCCACUUCAGCAUCAACCUCACCCACCGCCUGUCUAUGUGGCACAUUGGGUUUAUGCAAGAGAAUCUGAUUCGCCGUCUCCUGCUAGUUCAUCCUCCCCGGAGAGAUAUUCUAGAAGAAGCAUAGAAUCAUCUCCUGGAAAUUCUGGCAUUUGGGAUCGGUGUGUAAAAUCUCCUCUUAGAAUUGUCAACGGUUUUGAAUCUCCAGCGAAGUUGGACUCUCCAUCUAGAAACAAUGGAAUGGGUAUUGAAUCUUUGGCGAGAAUCAGUUUUCUUGAUACAGAAUCUCAGGUAAGAACCAGGCAGCAGAGAAGCCCAAUUUCUGCUCCACCAUUCUCUUUGCCAUCGGAACCUCCUGGUAGCAGUCAAAAUCGAACACCUCCUCCUCCACCUCUGCCACCCCUGAGUAAACAAUUAGAAAGUCCAAACAGUCAUACUGAGAGUUCUGGGAAGAAUGAGGCAAUGCCGAAACCAAAAUUGAAGCCAUUGCAUUGGGAUAAAGUGAGGGGGAGGUCGGAGCGGGAAAUGGUGUGGGAUCAAAUCGAAUCAAGCUCAUAUAAGGCGAAUGAGGAGAUGAUUGAGACAUUAUUUGUCUUAAAUUCCCCAAAUUCGAAAUCAAAUCCACAGGAAAAAACCCGAUGCCAGUUUCUUCCUUCGGGUAGCCAAGAAAACAGGGUCCUAAAUGUCACCACUGAAGAAGUGUGUGGAGCUCUCAUAGAAGGAAAUGUUGACGCUCUUGGGAUCGAGCUUCUUGAGAGCUUGAUGAAAAUGGCUCCAUCUAAAGAGGAGGAGCGUAAGCUUAGAGAGUAUAAAGAUGAUUCACCAUUCAAACUUGGAACGGCUGAGAAAUUUCUCAAGGCAUUGCUUGAUAUGCCUUUCGCAUUCAAAAGAAUACAUGCAAUGCUUUACAUUUCCAAAUUUGACUCUGAGAUCAGCUAUCUAAAAGGGUCAUUUGAAAUUCUUGAGGCGGCAUGUGAAGAGUUGAGGAGCUGCAAGAUGUUUUUGAAGCUUCUUGAUGCUGUUUUGAAGACUGGGAACCACAUGAAUGUGGGGACAAACCGUGGUGAUGCACAUGCAUUUAAGCUUGAUACUCUCCUCAAGCUCGUUGAUAUCAAGGGUGCUGAUGGAAAUACUAGUCUCUUGCAUUUUGUCGUUGAAGAGAUAAUUACAAGUGAAGGUGUUCAUUUUGCUUCUCUAAACCAAAAUGGAAAGAAAGCUUUCAAUGAUGAUACCACGCACCGGAGGCUUGGCCUUCAGGUUGUUUCUAGCCUCAGUUCAGAGCUAAAAAAUGUCAGGAAAGCCGCCACCAUGGAUUCAGAAGUCCUCCACGCUGAUGUUGUGAAGCUUUCUGAAGGGAUUUUCAACGUUGUAGAGGUUGUAAAGUUGAAUGAAGCUACGGUAUUGGAUGGAAGUAGCACACACAAGUUUUCAGAAUCAAUGAACAGGUUUUUAAAAAUGGCAGAGGAUGAGAUUAUAAGGCUACGCGCCCAAGAAAGUGUGGCUAUAUCUCUAGUAAAGGAGAUAACCGAAUACUUCCAUGGGAAUUCAACCAAAGAAGAGGCGCACCCCUUCAGAAUCUUCAUGGUGGUGAGGGACUUCCUGGUGAUUCUUGAUCGCGUGUGUAAUGAACUUGGAAUGAUAAAUGAGAGAACGUUGGUGAGUUCUGCACACAAAUUUCCUGUUCCAGUAAAUCCCAUGAUGCACCCAGAUGGAAGAUUCUCUCAGGGAACACAGCUUGGCUACUCUGAUGAUAGUGCUUAGCGCUAGACGUUAUUAUUCCCCAAUGAGCUAAUGAGACCAGGCAUAUUCGACUAGGAGGUUGUCUCAUUCUUAGAAUGUUCCUUGCCAACACACUUUUUAGGUGCCAUAUAUAUAUAUAGUUUUUGCAUUUAUUAUGUGUAUAUUAUGUAAACAGUUAUUUAACACGGAGUAUUAGUAACUGUUAUAGAGAUAUAUGCACCAUAUUUUUCUUGCAUAUUAGAAUGAGAACUCUAGGAAAUCAAAUUAGGUUCAAGUA